UGACUUUUUAUUCUCAAAAGAGAUCAAAAUGGCGUCCACUGGUGGGAGUGUAUUUGCGAGGGCUAGAUCUGGUUCAUCAAAGUUACAAACGCAGUAUGAUGCUGAUGGAAAUGAGAUUGAGUUUGAUGUACGAGAAGAUGAGGAACAGAAUGUCAAACUUGGUCAAAUUAUUGAUUUGUUAUUGGCUGCUGGGUAUUUCCGUGCAAGGAUCAAAGGGUUGUCUCCCUUUGAUAAGGUCGUUGGUGGAAUGACAUGGUGUAUUACAACCUGCAGUAUUGACAUUGAUAUCGACCUGCUGUUUCAGGAGAACUCUACAAUUGGACAAAAAAUUGAGCUGACGGAGAAGAUUGUAGGAGUGCUACCAAAAAUGAGGUGCCCUCAUCGGAUUGAGCCCCAUCAGAUCCAAGGUCUCGAUUUCAUCCACAUCUAUCCAGUAGUACAGUGGCUUGUGAAGAAGGCUAUUGAGACUAGAGAAGAAAUGGGUGAUUACAUAAGAUCAUUUUCAGUAUCACAGUUCAGCAAAAACCACAAAACACCAGAGGACGUAGCUUUUGAUGCAAACAAGGAUAAGGCUGCUUCAACAGUUGCUGGUGUCAAGGAUGUAUACAAGCCACAGCGUCGUUACAAGCGUCAGGACGUAGACAAGCUCCGAGAUGAAGAGACCCGGGUACACUCUACGUUACUAGAAUAUGGGAGGCGAUAUGGCAUAAGCAAAUCUGACCAUGCUGAACAGGAUACAGGGAAAUCUUCCAAGAAAGCUGCUGCUGCUGCUGCAGGUGUUGCUGGGAAACAGGCAGAGCCCUCUGAGGAAGAACUUCAAGAACAGGAGGAGAAACGAAUUCAGAUGCUUAUGUCAGGAAUGUCUGCAAUGGGAUUACAAGAGGGCAAAUUAACUGCGAGUGCGGUUGGUUCCAUCGUUGGCAUGCAGUCAGCAGAAAUUCAGCAGAUCGCAUCAGAGUAUGCCGAAAAACAAGCUGAGAUUGAACAGAUUGAGAAGACGGAGCGUGUGGGUGGGGCACAACAACACAAACGUGUCACUGGUGCACUUACCAAACAAAUCCAACAGCAGAACUCUCGCCUGGAGGAGGUGAUGACUAAACAUGCUGAACUACACAAAGUUUACCUGGAAACCCAGGAAAAACUCAAACAGGCACAAUCUCGCAGUGAGAAAAUUGAUACAGAAAUGGAGAAACUCGGUGCAACAGAAACAGACGAAAAUCAAAGUGUUUUGCAGAGGCUUAGGUCACUGGUAGCCAUGAAUGAAAAUCUAAAGAAGCAGGAACAGGAUUUCAAAGCACAUUGCAAGGAGGAAAUGACUCGCUUGAAAGGACAGAUUGAGGAAUUGAGGGCACAGACAUCUGAGGAUGACAGUGGGGAUAAGGAGAGAGCCAGCCUGAUAGACAAGCAGUAUACUGCAGACAAAGAAAAACUACACAAGAUUCGGCUUUUACUGGCGAGGAAGACUCGAGAGAUUGCUGUCCUUCAGAGGAAAAUAGACGAGGUCCCCUCUCGGGCAGAAAUGAGUCAGUACCAGAGACGAUUUGUUGAGCUUUACCAUCAAAUUUCCUCCACACACAAGGAGACAAAACAGUUUUACACCCUGUAUAAUACACUGGACGAUACCAAACUUUACCUCAACAAGGAAGUGAACUUACUGAAUUCAAUUCAUGACAGCUUUGGACAGGCAAUGGCAUCUCCUGGAGCUAAGGAACAAUUCCUGAAACAAUUUGAACAGAUCGUGGAUGGUGUAAAAACAAACAAGGCAAAGGUAGAGAAACGUAAACAGGAAGAGAAAAUGAAAAGAGACAGACUUAACGAUGACUAUCUGGAUCUGAUAGAGAAGCAGCGUCUGUACUUCAAAACCGUCAAAGACUUCAAAGAGGAAUGUCGGAGGAACGAAGUAUUGUUGUCCAAGCAGAGAAAGUGAGACGGGACGCUAUAACUUUGGAUCAACUACUGUGUUGAAGCAGAACUUUUAUUUAUCUUAUAGAUAUAUAUUUUGGUCGAUAUAAACAUUUAUGGUGUUUAAUGCCAAAAUCAACAAAUAAAAAAACCAAUAUCAGUUA